AUGAGGAAGCAGCUCGAUCCGCGUAUCCCCACCCUCAUCCGCAACAAUGUCGCCCUAAACCAUCGCUCCUUCUUCGUCAUUGUCGGCGACAAGGGAAAAGAUCAGGUCGUCAACCUUCACUUCCUCCUUUCGCAAUCUCGUGUCCAGUCAAGACCCAACGUCCUCUGGUGCUACAAGAAGGACCUCGGCUUCACAACACACCGCAAGAAGCGCGAGCAGAAGAUCAAGAAUGACAUCAAGCGCGGUGUCCGAGAGAAGGGGCAGGGCGAUCCCUUCGAGCUUUUCGUUUCUCUUACCGACAUUCGCUACUGCUACUACAAGGACACCCCCAAGAUCCUUGGUCAGACCUACGGCAUGCUCAUCCUCCAAGACUUUGAAGCCGUCACGCCCAACAUGCUUGCGCGAACCAUCGAGACCGUAGAAGGCGGCGGUACCGUCAUCCUUCUGCUCAAAACCAUGUCCAGCUUGCGGCAGCUCUACUCACUCGGCAUGGACGUCCACCGCAACUACAGGUCCAAUGCUUCGGAUGACGACCCGAUAGCUCGCUUCAACGAGCGCUUCCUUCUCUCUCUCGGCGCCAAUCAAGACACCCUCUUGCUCGACGACGAGCUCAAUGUGCUUCCGCUUAGCAAGGGCAAAGACAUCAAGCCAUUGCCAGAGACCAGCACAGGUGCCGGCACCGGCGUCGGCUCGACCGUCCGCAAGGGCAAGGAGCGUGUAGAGGCCGAAGAAGAGCUCUCCGAGCUCAAGGAUCAGGUCCGAGAAACAAAGGUGGUCGGAGAAGUCGUCAAGCACGCCAAGACCCUCGAUCAAGCCAAAGCGGUCCUCACGAUCCUCGACAUCCUGGCCAGCUCAUCUCUCUCCACCACCGUCGCACUCACCGCAGCAAGAGGUCGCGGAAAGUCGGCUGCGCUCGGUCUUUGCAUCGCCGCUGCGGUCGCACACGGAUACAGCAACAUUUUUGUCACAUCUCCAAGCCCAGAAAAUCUCAAGACGCUCUUUGAGUUUGUCUUCAAGGGUCUCGAUGCGCUAGGAUACGAGGAGGUAGCAGACUGGGAUCUGCAGAGGGGCACUGGAGAGUGGAAGGACGUCGUUGUGCGAGUCAACAUCUUCCGUGGCCACCGUCAAACGAUUCAGUACAUUCAGCCACAAGAUCAUCAAGUGCUGGGCCAAGCCGAGCUGGUCGUCAUCGACGAGGCCGCCGCCAUCCCACUUCCACUCGUGCGCAACCUCAUGGGCCCGUAUCUCGUUUUCUUGUCGUCCACCAUCAACGGCUACGAGGGCACUGGACGCAGUCUCUCGCUCAAGCUCAUUCAGCAGCUUCGUGACAACGCGAGAGGGAUCGUGGAUGCGUCAGGUACCGAGGACUCAGCAGCAACAACCAGCAAGUCUUCUCGAAAAGAAGGCAAGAGCGGUCUCAACACGGGUCGCGCAGCAGGUGCAGCUCUGGCCGCUCGUUCGCUGAAAGAAGUCGAGCUCAAGGAGCCAAUCCGAUACUCGCGAGGCGACAAGAUCGAGUCGUGGCUUCAUCAACUCCUCUGCCUCGAUGCUUCGCUCACUCGUCUUUCGUCUGCAGCCCUCAAGGCAAAAGGCUGCCCUCAUCCGUCCUCUUGCGAUCUCUAUAUGGUCAACCGCGACGCGCUCUUCAGCUACCACCCCGCUUCGGAAGUCUUCCUUCAGCGCAUGAUGGCCCUGUAUGUCGCAAGCCACUACAAGAACUCGCCCAACGAUCUGCAGCUCAUGAGCGACGCGCCUGGACACCGACUUUUCGUUCUGCUAGCACCGCUUAAAGGCAGCGAAGGCGGUCUGCCUGAGCCCCUCUGUGUCGUACAAGUUGCCUUGGAAGGCAACAUCAGCCGCGGUGCCGUGCUCAACAGUCUCAGCCGUGGCACACGCGAGGCUGGGGAUCUCAUUCCAUGGCUUGUCGCUCAGCAGUUCCAAGACGCCGACUUUGCUUCGCUCUCUGGUGCGCGUGUGGUGCGCAUCGCUGUGCACCCGGACUACGCACGCAUGGGCUACGGAGCACGCGCUUUGGAGGCACUUGAAGCAUUCUACAGCGGACAGCUACUCGAUGUCGACAAUGUCCGAGAUGACCUGGACGACGGCGAGACUUUUGCCGCCGUCCGAGACAAGAAGAUCUCCAAGGAUACCAACUUGCUGCAGGGCGACGAGAUCCGCGUCCGAGAUGCGGCACGCAUGCCUGCUUUGCUGCAGAGACUCUCAGAGCGUCGCCCAGAGCAGCUCGACUGGCUCGGUGUAUCCUACGGCCUCACCCCUCAGCUUUUCAAGUUCUGGAAGAAGUCAGGCUACACACCGCUAUGGGUGCGACAGAUCGCCAACGACCUCACCGGCGAGUACACGACGGUCCAACUCAAGGCACUUGACACGUCCACUUCGACGACGGGCUCCGCCUGGCUGGGCUCAUUGGCAGCCGACUUCCGAAAACGUUUCAUCUCGCUGCUCUCGUACAAGUUCCGCGAAUUCUCCACCAUCACCGCGCUCACGGUGCUAGAGGCCGCAACACAAGGUGCCCGACUCGCCGACGCUGACGAUGACGUAUCGCCCGCUUCGUCUACAUCAUCGCCUUUGGUCGCCACAGAGCUUCGAACGCUGCUGACGCCGUUCGACAUGAAGCGUCUCGAUUCGUACUCGAGCAACAUGGUGGAGAUGUCGGUCGUGCUUGAUCUGCUCCCUACGCUGGCUGCUCUGUACUUCAACAACAGGCUCCGUGCCGUGCGCGAAGACGAAGCCGCUGCAUCUGCGAUCGACGCACACGGGGAGGAGGAAGAGCUGCGUCUGUCCGGCUUGCAGUCCUCUCUCCUUCUCGCUAUCGGCUUGCAGAGGAAGACGCCCGACGAGAUCAGUGCAGAGCUCCGUCUACCGCUGCAGCAGGCCAUGGCGCUGUUCGUUAAGACGGUGCGACUGCUGGUCAAGAGCCUGCGCAAGGUCGAAAAGAAGGCGAUUGCCCAGUCGAUGCCCGAGCUCGGGUCUGGCCUCGACGCACGUGCUCCACUCAGGAAGAAGGCCAACGGGACUGCGGACGGAGGCAACGAUUGGAACGCGUUGGAGGGAGACCUUCAGUCUGAGCUGCGCGAUGCUGGUCGCGAGUUCUUGGCCUCCAACAAGCAAGGCGAGGCACAUGGUGAGCUAGACGAGGAUGACAGCGACAUGGAGGACGACGAUGAUGACGACGACGAUCAAGAGGAUGACGACGAGGAAGAUGAGAAUGACGACGACGACGAAGAGCUGCUCGCAGCCAAGCAGAAGCUUAUUGAUUCGAUGGACCUUUCCAAGUAUGCCAUCAAGGACCACGGUGCAGAAGGCGCUAAUUGGAGCCGAGCGGAAGCCGAAGUCGCCGGGAUGCUUCGCAAGAACGGCGGCAAGGAUCUCUCCGGCUUCAACACCACCAUCUCGGUCAAGGGUACAAAGCGAGCCAACGACGAGCAGGCGGCCGAAUCCAGCAAGAAAGGCUCGUCGGACAAGAAGGGCGGAAAGGGCUCCAGGUCUAAGAAACAGAGGCGUUGA